CCCCAAUGAAAACCUUUAUUCCUAAUCUUCAUCAACACUUCGUUAAGCCCAACAAAAAAUAAAUAAAUAAAUAAAAGUAAUUGGUAACACCAAAUCAACUCCCAAAUUUAAGGGCCGUUUUCGUGACAUCAAAACCAAAGUGGGGUUUGCUGUAAAAUAGUGGAACACACACACAGUCCAGACCCAAGAGCUGUGUGUAAUCAAGCUUUGUCAUUCCGAAAGCUUCAAGAAGAAAAUAACAUUAACAAAACAGUCUUUGAAGCUCCCAGGAACCCUCUUUAAAGCUCCCAGGGAAUUUCCCGUUUGUUAUAUUCUUAAUUAUCUUUUCAGGCUGAGCGAUAACAUCGAACACAUCAGCAUAAAUGUUACUACUAUGACGCUCUUAGGUGGUGGAUAUGUUAAAUAAAUUAUUUUUGUGGGAAAAUAGAUACAAUCUAGAAGGUUUUAAACAAUUAGAAGUACUUAGUAUAUCUGUAAAAAGUUGAAAUUGCUAGAUCUUUAGGAUUAUUGGACUAUGCUAUGCUGUCUGGAGUUGAGAGACCAUAUUGAGAAAACGUUAAUUGUAGUUUCAAUUUUGAGUGAUGAGUGCAAUGAAUUUUUUUGAGAAAUUUGGUUUUGCUGGAUAUCUGGACAAUUAUAGUCCUUAUGAGGAUUUUAGUGUGGAAGGAGAAAACUUGGUGAAACAAAUUCAUCUGUAUGGAACAAAAGUCUGGGGAGAGCCAGGGCCGAUUGGUUCAUUUUGCCCUGAUCAAGACAGCACUGCUGAGGAAAGAUUUUUGUUGUCCAAAAAUCAACAAGAGGAGCAACAACAAUUAUGUCCAGGUUUUGGGAUUUUAGAUGAUUUAUGUUUGGAUGUAGCCUCUCUACCAUUUCAGUCUUCUCAAGUAGAGAUUCCAAAGUUUGCUUGCGUCCAAACUGAAAAUUCAGAGCCUGUUAAACCAAAUAAGGAAGAGCCACACGCAUUUCCUUUGACCUCAUUUGGGAUUUUAAAGGACCAUGGAAGUCGAGUCAGACAGUUGAAGGAAGGAAAAACAAUAGUGCCAACUUAUGAUACAGCAUGCACUGAGCUGGACGGCCGGAAAUUAUCAACUGAAACAAUUAUGCGGCUAGCUGGAGAAAAGUUCAUCCAAAGCUCUGCCCAAAGGGUUGAUGAUCCCUUCAUGAUUAACCAUCCCUUCAGUAGUUCAUAUAUUGGCCUCUCUGAUGAGGAGGCUAAAGACGUGGAACUUGUCCAGUAUCUACUAGCUUCCGCUGAAAAAGUAGGUCAGCAACAAUUCGAUCGUGCAAGCAAACUCCUGAACCACUGUGCCAGCUUGUCUUCUAGAAUCGGAAAUCCUGUUGAAAGAGUAGUUUACUAUUUUUCUGAAGCUCUUCAAGAAAAGAUUGAUCAAGAAACAGGAAGAAUCAGGCCAAAAGGUUUUGGAAAGAAGCACUUAUUAGACCUUGAAGAUGCAUUGAGGGGCCCGAAUGUCAGUAUCAUUGAAGUUCACCAAAAGGUGCCCUUCUCUCAGCUUAUCCAUUACGCUGGAAUGCAAGCCAUCACAGAAAAUACGGCUGAGGCAAAAAAGGUCCAUAUAAUUGACCUUGAGAUCAGAAGCGGAAUGCAGUAUGCAGUGUUGAUGCAAGCUCUCGCAAGUCGAUGUGAAGGCCCGGUUGAGCUUCUCAAGAUAACUGCCAUUGGAACUACAGCAAAACCAAAAAUUGAGGAGACAGGUAAGCGGCUGAUGAGUUUUGCCCAGUCCUUGAACUUACUCUUCUCUUUCAAUGUAGUAGAGGUAUCAGACAUCCUAGAUCUCAAUGAAAACCUCUUUGAGCUAGAUGCAGAAGAAGCAGUUGCUGUUUACUCAUCAUAUUUGUUAAGAACCAUGAUUGCAGGGUCAGAUCGGGUAGAACAUUUGAUGAAAGUGAUAAGAAACAUUAAGCCACGUAUUAUGUUGGUUUCUGAAGUUGAGGCGAACCACAAUUCACCAGUUUUUGUGAAUCGUUUCCUUGAAGCUCUUUUUUACUAUGGUGGAUAUUUCGAUUCCCUGGAAGACUGUAUGGAUCGGAAUGACUCACAUAGAUUUUUUUUUGAAUCUGUAUGUCUUUUUAAUACAGUAAGGAAUAUUAUUGCAGCUGAGGGAGAGGAAAGGAUUACCCGACACGUAAAUAUCAAUGCUUGGAGAGCUUUUUUUGCACAGUUUGGGAUGAAGGAAAUAGAACUGAGCUCAUCAUCUUUGUAUCAAGCAAGCCUGGCGGUUAAGAACUUUGCUUGUAAAAGUUCUUGCACACUUGGUAUGGAUGGGAAAUGUCUGAUUAUUGGGUGGAAGGGAACGCCAAUUUAUUCUCUUUCUGCUUGGAAGUUUCUAUGAGGGGAAUGAAUGGAUUUAUCAGUCUCCCAUUUAAUUCUUUUUUUAUGAUUCUGUAUAAAGUUUCCAAUUGAACUUGCACCUUUCUGAUGAGCGCUCAUUGUCAGGUAAAAUACUGUGAGAGGGAUUGCAGGAGUAUUUGAAGAUUUAUCAUGAUAAAUGCCUUCACAACUCUGCUGAUGUACAGAGCAAAGUUCAUGUUUGGGUUUGCUUAUCCUGUGCUCUUAUUCCACUUGUUGAAAGCGUGUUGAAAUCAUCUAUGAUCACAAUUAUAACUUGUCCCUUUGAUACUUAAUUCAUGAGUGUAUGUUCUGUUUUUUUAUCCUCUAUUUUCAUUUUUGUGAAGUGUGUCUUACUUUUCUGAUAUUAGUCCGUCUCAGGGUGACAGAAUCUGCAGCACCUAUGAAAAUGCUAACACCAGAAAUGUGUGUGUUUUUCAAUCUUCUAAAGAGUGAACUGGGAAACAGUAAUUCCUGAAAGCGGUUAAUAUUCAAAAAAAUGCAAAAUUCUCCUCAGGUGCCAAAAAAAUAAAUGUCUCUCUCCUCAGUCCUUUCCACUCUGAGACUUUCCAUCACUGGAACUCGUCGACUACAUGUAAAACAAAAUGUUGUAGUGCCACCCUAGGGCAAAGAGUUCCAAUUAUAUGAUUGUUAGAGAUUUGGAGAACGCUUUUAAUAGUUUUCCUAGAGAUAUGAUAUGUUAGAUUUAUGAAAACAAGUAGAUAUACUAACAUGAUAAAUUACAUAUGAUGGAGUAGUAACUAUAGUAAGAAUAGUUGGAGAAGAAAUGUGUAAACUUUUUAUUACUAUAAACUUACAAUCGAAAUCAAUACUAAGUCUCCUUUUCUUUUUCUUUUUAUUUAAGUAUAUGCUAUCUGUUAAUGAUAUUAUUUUGAUUAUGAAACUAAUGUAAAAAUUAAUUCUAAAUUAGAAGUCUAGAGGGGAGCAUUACAAUGAAGGGUUGAAGUUUUGAAAAAUAGUAGAAACUAACAUUGAAAACAUGGAACAUGACUUUUAACAAACAAUAAAUGUAAGUUGAACUUCUAUGAUUAAACUCCUUAGUUUUCCCACUCUCUUAGCUUAGCAAGCUUGUAUCCUCCCAUUAUUUUUUUUUUACACAUAAUUCAGAAUAAAGAUCAUUGGAUGUUCUAUAUUUACAACUCUUUUAACUUCUUUAUUUACACAUUUGUAUCUUUCAUAAAUUUUUCUAUUUUUACCAAAGUUUAUGACACUCCCUUCUUGUUUUAAUUAUGGUUUGAACUUUUUCUUUCACCAUUAAGUUGUGUUCAACAAUGACCCUUUUCCUUUUUAUUCUGAUCUCCAUCCUCUAUUUCAUUCUCAUCUCUAGAAAGCAUUUUUUGAACAAUGUUUGAUGGUGGGAACAGAACCUAGCAUGUCAGCCUUGUACUUGAGCGAGGCUGGUGGUUAAGAACUCUGGUUGUGGGGGUUCUUUCAAACUUGAUAUGGACAGAAAAUGCUAAUUAUUGGGUGGAAGGAAAAACCUAUAUAUUUCUUUCUGCUUGGAAGUUGUACUAGGAGAAAUAGAAAAUAUUAAGGGACUAAAAUACGAGUUCUAAAUCUCUUAUCAGCUAACCACUGUCUUCCAUGUGACCCCAACGGAGUUGAUAAGAUCACAAUUCCUACUCUGUGCCAGAUAUUGUUAUAUAAAAAAUUUAGGAUUAGAUAGUUUAGGCUUUUCUUUACAGUCCUUCAGCUUUGUGUAAGUGGAUUUUUUUCUUGAUUUUGUCUGUAUGCAUGAAAGCUUCCUUUUAUUUUCUUUGUUGGUUGAUAAAGUUCUCGUUGCUUUUAUGAAAAUAUGUGUUCCAGCCACUCCAGAAAAAGUUCAGACAUUUUAGGACUUACACUCCCUGAAUCCAAUCACUACUCCUUUGGCUACCUUAGGCAAAUGAAUUUAACCAUUGUGCUUGGCAUCCAAGAUCAUGGCUGUUGGAUUCAUGCCGAUGGUGAACAUGGUUCAAUUCCAUGCCUGUUUAUCCACAGCUCCGCUAGGGUACUGCAACUGUGACCAAUUAAACUAUCUAGCAUUCAAUUUGAGUAGUGGCAGAUUAAAUUGUAUGCACGCCACCAAAAGGAUCUAGGCCACCAAAAGGAUCUUGUUUGCUUGAUGCUGAUUAAGAAAGGUGCAUCUGUCAGCUGAU